AUGGCGGAGCAAGAAGGCAUCAAUCCAUGGGGUUCAAAAUCUUGGACGUACCUAUCAUCUCUCCGGCAACAAUCGCCUUUGAUACAAUGCAUCACGAAUUUGGUAUCCAUGGAUUUAAUGGCCAACACCCUCUUAGCCGCCGGCGCAUCACCAGCGAUGGUCCACUCCGUUCGUGAAAUCCCAGAAUUCACUCCUCACACCCAAGCCGUCCUUAUAAACGUUGGUACGCUGACCCCUGAUUGGUUGCCGGCUAUGAAAGCCGCCGCCGGUGUUGCGAAUGUGUAUGGUAAGCCUUGGGUUCUUGAUCCAGCUGCCGUCGGAGCUUCCAGUUUCCGGUUAAACGCUUGUCUUGAGCUUAUUGAGCUUCAACCUACUGUUAUUAGAGGCAACGGGUCUGAAAUCAUUUCUCUCUCCACGGCUUCCAUAGGAUCCACCAAGGGUGCUGAUAGUUUGCAUGAAUCUAGUGAUGCUGCCGAUGCAGCAAAGGCUUUAGCGAAAUCAAGCGGCAGCAUCGUUGCGGUUUCGGGAUCGGUGGACAUGGUUACAGACGGUGAACGGGUUGUCGGGGCAUGUAACGGUGUGCCGAUGAUGCAGAAGAUAACUGCGAGCGGAUGUGCAGUCACCGCCCUCAUUGCGGCAUUCGUGGCUCUCGACCCUGCAAACGCCUUUGAAGCCACAGCAGCUGCGCUUUCGGUGUUCGGAUUGGCGGGCGAGAUCGGCAUGGGGAUGGCGAACGGACCUGCGUCGCUGCGUAUGCAUCUGAUCGACUCGCUUCAUGGGCUUGAUGAAGAGAGUGUUGUUCAUGGUGUUAACAUCCCAAGCAUCUCUUGAAGGGUAAUGUGGAGUUUGUUUUCGUGUUUGAGUUCUUGAAGUUGUGUGAUAUGAUGGUUGUUAUGUCGAUAUGAAAUCUGAUAUGGUUCAAUUGAUAUUAUGUUAUUUAAGCUGUUAAUUCAAACCAAUCAAAGUCUUCAAAAUCGUCA